UGAGAGUUUCAGGAGUUUUGUUGUUAAGCUAAAUUAUAAUGAGUUUAAUCGUUGAUUUAUAACUCUAUAAUUUGGGGCUUUUUAAUAUGUAGGGCUUAAAGCCAAUGCUUUUUUGAAUUUACUGUUGAGCUGGCCAUCCAGUUUACUAAAGUGUCUCUGUGGCCUGAGUUGUGCUUUGAAUGACAUAGAAGUCUCAACAAAUGGUCAAUUGUUUUUUUCUUCUUAUUGAGUUACUAUGGAGCCUCUCUUUGAAGUGAAGUAAUCAGCUUACUUCUUGUUGUCAAUAGAUUUGCAAACCAACUUUGGCAUGAGAUGGCAAUCAUAUCUGCUUUAGUGGCGGAAUGUCCAGGCAUACUUCAUCCUAAACUAUCAUACAAGACUAGAAGAUAUGGUGGGAACAGAUUUAAAGAUUACAAUGCCAUUCGAUUGAUAUCAAGAAAGAUUCCUAAUACAAGGAUUUGCCACGCUCUUGGAGAGGGUUUUGGCACCAAAUAUACUGCAUCUGUUGAAAGAAAUCAUCAUCAGUUGAGCUUUGAUAAUGACUUCACUGAGGAGCCUUUUUGGUUAAGCCAGAUGAAGGAAGCUUUCAGGGCUUUGAAAUCUUUAUUAGGAUUUCUAGCGGAGCAGCCCAGUCAACUGAAGUACAUAGAGUGGCCAACCUUCCAGAGCACGCUUUUCAGUUGUGCACCCUGUGACCAAGCUGACUCUUGCCACUUGAUGUAUGCUCAUGAUAAGUUUGAUGGAGAUUUGCGAAACUGCAAAUCUUUGAAUCUGAAGACUGCUAGUCUGACGCUUGUGCUUGUGGGUGUGUUAAUUAUUGCACUAUCCUCAGUUGACUCGGCGCUUUGUUAUCUAUUGGCUUUGCUUUCAAGGAGGACUGCAUGA